CGUACUAUCUUUAGCCAGGGAGAUAUUUAUAUCCCCCUGGAAGUUUUUUCCGUUCCGGGGGAGCCCCAGAGGCGGUGGCCGCUGAAUCGAGGCCCCCCGCGGCGGCCCCCGCCCUUCCGGCUCGCCAUGCCACGGGCCCCAGAGGUCCCCCCGGUGCAGGUGUGGGUGGGCGGCCAGCUCUUCCAGGCGGACCGGGCCCUGCUGGUGGAGCACUGCGGCUUCUUCCGCGGUCUCUUCCGCUCCGGCAUGCGAGAGACGCGCGCGGCCGAGGUGCGCCUGGGCGCGCUCAGCGCUGGCGGCUUCCACACCACGCUGCAGGUGCUGCGCGGCGAGCGGCCGGCGCUGGCGGCCGACGAAGAGCUGCUGCAGGCCGUGGAGUGCGCCGCCUUCCUGCAGGCGCCCGCGCUGGCGCGCUUCCUGGAGCACAGCCUCACGUCGGACAACUGCGCGCUGCUGUGCGACGCGGCCGCGGCCUUCGGCCUGCACGACGUGCUCCGCAGCGCCGCGCUCCUCAUCCGCGACGGCGGGCGCGAGCUGGCGGCCGAGCUGGCGCUGCCCGAGGCCCGCGCCUACGUGGCGGCGCUGCGGCCCAGCAGCUACGUGGCCGUGAGCACGCACACGCCGGCGCCCGGCUUCCUGGAGGACGCGUCGCGCACGGUGUGCUACCUGGACGAGGAGGAGGACGCGUGGCGCACGCUGGCCGCGCUGCCCCUGGAGGCCAGCACGCUGCUGGCGGGCGUGGCCACGCUGGGCAACAAGCUGUACAUCGUGGGCGGCGUGCGGGGCGCCAGCAAGGAGGUGGUGGAGCUGGGCUUCUGCUACGACCCGGCCGGCGGCACGUGGCGCCGGUUCCCCAGCCCGCACCAGCCGCGCUACGACACGGCGCUGGCCGGCUUCGAUGGCCGCCUCUAUGCCAUCGGCGGCGAGUUCCAGAGGACGCCCAUGAGCUCUGUGGAGCGCUACGACCCGGCCGCGGGCUGCUGGAGCUUCGUGGCUGACCUGCCGCAGCCGGCCGCCGGCGUGCCCUGCGCCCAGGCGCGUGGCCGCCUCUUCGUGUGUCUGUGGCGGCCGGCCGACACCACGGCGGUGGUGGAGUACGCUGCGCGGGCGGACGCGUGGCUGCCGGUGGCCGAGCUGCGGCGUCCGCAGAGCUACGGCCACUGCAUGGUGGCCCACCGCGACAGUCUCUACGUGGUGCGCAACGGACCUAAAGACGACUUCCUGCACUGCGCCAUCGACUGCCUGAACCUGGCCACGGGCCAGUGGACGGCACUGCCUGGCCAGUUUGUCAACAGCAAGGGAGCGCUCUUCACGGCGGUGGUGCGCGGCGACACAGUCUAUACGGUCAACCGCAUGUUCACGCUGCUCUAUGCCAUCGAGGGUGGCACCUGGAGGCUGCUCAGGGAGAAGGCCGGCUUCCCACGGCCCGGCUCCUUGCAGACCUUCCUCCUUAGGCUGCCUCCCGGCGCCCCGGGGCCUGUGGCCUCAGCGACACCGGAACUGUGAUCCUGGGCUGGCCUUUAGGAGGGGAUAUCCCGGAGUCUUCGCUGAGCCGUGGCUGGGUCUAUAAGGCUGGCCUUCGGAGCUGCAUGGAACUUCUGUCUCCCUGGUUGAGACACGCAGGUCUUGGGCCUUGUGGUGAUCAGUCCAAGAAAUUCAGAGAGUAACAACGAGGCUGGGGUCUGAACCCUCAAAUUACUUGGGCUCUGCUGAGAGGUGGUGGGUCACGAUGCCAGUGGAAUGUGUCGGGGGUAGGAUUUCAAUAAUCCAGGCUUGUGUGUGAAUGGGCCAAUAACUGAGCAUGGCUAGGAGUGAGUUAAGUGAUGUUAAUCCAACUGCCAGUCAUUUGGCAACAAUUAGGCACCUACUGUGUGCCCAGUACAGUGCUAGGUCUAAUGUCGCUGUAGUUGCUAGAGGGGUCCAGAAAGCCUAGAGUCUAGCCCAAGACAAAGGUUUACGCACGCUUGUCUUGAUCCACUGAGGGCUAAAGGCAACAUGCAAAACAAAAAACUCACAAUGGAAUAAAACAGUAUUGAAGAAAUCAGAGCAAAGGGAAAAUAGGGAGAGGAAAAAUACGUAACUCCAGGAAGGAGGAUAGAUAGUAUACUGGGUGUAUGAAGAAGACAGGCAGGAUAAUUAGCUGCUGCAGGGGAGGUUCAGAUGGUGGAGACAGAGCUCAGAAGAGGAGAUGGGGGAAAGCUGGAACAGAUGGGAAGAGGCUCUGCAAGCCCAGCCUUUAAGGCAGAACAGCUCUGGAUGGAGGCAUUUGGGCAGGGUGGGGGGGCGGGGAGGCUGGCAUGGCUUGUACAGACAAUAACUGAGCUGAAUCUGGAAUGACUCCUGUGAGAGAGAAAGGGCUCCCCACACCCCCUCACAGGAUGCGGACCGGCAGGGGAGAACUCAGUUGCAAGCCCUUGCCCACUCCCUUUUUGGCCAUCACCCUGUGGGUGGUGGAUUAUUAACUUCCAUGAUUUUAGGUCACUGGAGGCAGGAGCCCAGUCCUGGCCAGGUCUAACUGCCUCCUCCUCCUCAUUCUGCAGGUUAAUGCUCUCCUCCAAGCCUCUGCUCCUGCCAUUCUUUGGGCAUGGAAUGCCUUUCCUCUCCCCCCGCCCCUCUAUUGGCUCUACCCACCUCCUCUGUGCAGGGUUGGCUGUUCCUGACCUUGGCAUCUGCAUUGCUCAUUGGACCCCUGGCUGACAUCGUUCUGCAUAUGUGUGAAACUGUGCACGUGUGCAGAUAGCAAGGGCAGAGAUCCUGCUGUGUUAUCAACUGACCUGGGCACUUCCCCACCUACAGAAUCAAAUGAUGAGGUCCUGAAACAAGCCAGGCCGUAGAGGCUGUCCUACUUACGGACCUGGUAUAAGAGGAGGACUCUUGUCCCUCCUUUAGAAUACUCCAUCCUGAUUUCUGGUCACAUGCCUACCCUAGUCCUUCAGCUUCUCCAUGCCCUGAGUGUCCCAGAUGGUUUCCAUCCUCCAAGACCUGAGGCCCGUGGGAAAUCCUAGCCUCGUCAGAAGUAUAGAAUGCAGCAUCAGCAUGGAGCCUAGUGUCAGGGCUGCCCCUAGCUCUCUUUUGCCCUGACCUAUGUCCCAAGCCCUGCAGACUGCUGCCCUCAGAAACCCAGCAUCUGCUAGCUCUGGAGUAGCCUAAAUCACAGCAAUAAAUCCUGACUUUGGCAUCCUGUGAAUAAUGUGCAAAGUACUUUCACAUCCGUCUUCCCGCUCCAGCCCUACCUCACUCCUGGUAGUUCGGUACCUUCUCUCCAUGGCAGACACGUGAGAUACGUGAGGCCCAGAGGCCAACCGAUGUGCCCAAAGCCACCGUCCCCAUGCCAAAGCACAACAGAGUCCCUCACUUUUUGAUUCCAUCAAAGUAUAAUUGUUAUCACAUGUCAAAGGUUUAUUUAACUCGUUAACAAAGGAACCAGAAGAAUGGAAAGCUGGUUCAGAGGAACAUUUGAGAGAUUUGUGUCUUUAGUUGGAAAAGACCUACUGAAAUAAGUUUGCUAAGAUAAGAGGUGAAGCUGGUUAAUUUACAGGACAAUAAAACCAUAACUUUUGUGGUUCUGUACUGGACUAGAGACCUUUGCAUCUUCACAUGCAUGCACAUACCUAUUUAUACACGCAGCUACGAGUGAGCAUGUGGCUUCACAAAGUUAGGACUCGAGUCAAUAGUAAAUUGUAAAAUAGGUAUUUAAUUUUUCCAGAGAGAAUUAAAUAACUCUUAGCUGUUCAACCUUGCCCCACAAUGAUACUGAAAAGACAGGCAGUUCUUC